AUGGCAAUAGAAAUAAUUCUUAGAAGCGAAACAAAAACCGUGAUUUCUGGCUUACAUUCGGAAGUUGUUGGUUUUGGAUUGGAAGAAACAGAAGAAGCUGUGCUGGAUUUGGUCACCAAAUUGGAAUUGGAAACUCAUGCCAGAAGCGUGGUUGUGUCAGAGGCGGAAAAGGAAGCGGCGAGAGUUCUUAGACACAUGAAAGACAGGUUUUCGAGGUUGUUUAAUUGUGAUUAUAUUGUUAUGCCGCGGGUUUGGACUGUGGACGAAGACAUUGAGUCAUUGAACAAAACUGCAUGCUCUUCUGCACUGAAGUUGUUGUCGGUACUGGCUGUUGUUCGUUUGGACGAUGGCGAGCCUCGUAACAUCAUUGAGAAGCGUCUAUCUCGUGUUUUAGCCGACAGGAAAGUUGCAACUGUGUCAAUGGAGAAAGAAGACGAACACCACGCUCUAGGUUCAAGCAGUACUACUUGGGAUGAGUUUCCUCCAUCGAGGACCCUUAUCAGACCUUCCAAGUGCAAAUCCUUGUGGAAUAAGUUUUUAGCAGAGACGGAGUACCAUGUAAAGAAAGCAUAUUCUGCUCAGGCCGCUGCUCGAAGGCGGCUGGAAGGCGAUGUCAAAGGCGAUAGAAAGCCGUGUUCGAAUUGCGGCCACUGCUCUCCUUAA